AUGGAUUUCAUAGGGCCAGUGUUGGAGCUCAUAAUUCGCAUGUGGGACUGUUGUGCCUGCGUCCGCGAGUUUGAAGAGAACCUUUCUUGUUUGAGGGACAUAGCAUCUGACCUUCGAGGUGUUUGGAUUGAUGUGAGUGUGAGGGUUGAAGUGGCUGAGGCACAGUACCUGAGGCGUCUGAAUGAAGUGAAUGAUUGGUUGGAUAAAGUUGAAGCCAUGCAAAGGGAAGUCGAAGCUAUUCAGCAGAAAGUUUCUCAAGUUCAAGAAACGCAUAGUAGAUGUUUGGGAAGUUUCUGUCCCGGGAAUUUUCCAACUAGCUGCUGGAUGGGAAGGGUUAUAGCUCAAAAAAUUGGCGAGAUUCGUGAACUAAUUGAUAAAGGGCAUUUUGAUGUAGUGGCUCAGGAAAUGCCACAUGCUUUGGUAGAUGAAAUACCUCUAGAGGCCACAGUAGGUCUAGAAUCAACCUUUGAUGAACUUGGUGCAUGUUUUGAUGACAAUCAUGUUGGAGUUAUUGGCUUGUAUGGGAUGGGGGGUGUAGGAAAGACAACCCUGCUCAAAAAGUUCAAUAAUGAGUUCCUUCCCACAGCAUUCUAUGAUGUGGUCGUUUGGGUUGUGGUGUCUAAAGAAGCAGAUGUAGGGAAUGUUCAACAAAGCAUACUGGAAAAAUUAAAAGUUCCCGAUGGUAAAUGGGUUGGUAAGGCCAUUAAUGAGAGAGCUAUUGUUUUAUACAACAUCUUGAAAAGGAAGAAGUUUGUGUUGCUGCUAGAUGAUUUAUGGGAGCGCAUAGAUCUUCUGAAGUUGGGGAUUCCUCUUCCUGAUACGAACAACGGAUCUAAAGUGAUAUUCACAACGCGAUCCAUGGAGGUUUGCAGGUACAUGGAAGCCAACAGAUGUAUCAAAGUAGAAUGUUUAGCACCAAAGGCAGCAUUUGAAUUGUUCAAAGAGAAAGUGGGUGAAGAAACUCUCAACUCUCAUCCUGAAAUAUUUCAUUUGGCUCAAAUUAUGGCCAAGGGGUGUGAGGGACUUCCACUGGCUCUUAUCACUGUUGGAAGACCUAUGGCUAGAAAGUCUCUCCCUGAAUGGAAACGAGCAAUACGAACUUUGAAGAAUUAUCCAUCAAAAUUUUCAGGUAUGGUUAAAGAUGUCUAUUGUUUGCUUGAAUUUAGCUAUGACAGUUUGCCAAGUGCCAUACACAAGUCUUGUUUCUUGUACUGUUCCAUCUUCCCUGAGGACUAUGAUAUUAGAGAAGAUGAACUCAUUCAACUGUGGAUUGGGGAAGGUCUCUUAGCUGAAUUUGGUGAUGAUGUCUACGAAGCACGUAAUCAAGGAGAAGAAAUCAUAGCAAGCUUGAAGUUUGCUUGUUUGUUGGAGGACAGCGAGAGAGAAAACAGGAUUAAGAUGCAUGAUGUGAUCAGAGACAUGGCUUUGUGGCUAGCAUGUGAUCAUGGAUCCAACACCAGGUUUUUGGUGAAAGAUGGUGCAAGCAGCAGUUCAGCUGAAGCAUAUAAUCCUGCAAAGUGGAAAGAAGUAGAGAUAGUAUCACUCUGGGGACCUAGCAUUCAAACCUUCUCAGGAAAACCAGAUUGCUCAAAUCUCUCAACUAUGAUUGUCAGAAAUACCGAGCUAACAAACUUUCCUAAUGAGAUCUUUCUGACUGCAAACACUCUUGGAGUGUUAGACUUGUCAGGUAAUAAAAGAUUAAAAGAACUACCUGCAAGUAUUGGGGAGUUAGUUAACUUGCAGCAUUUGGAUAUAUCAGGUACUGAUAUACAAGAAUUGCCAAGGGAGCUCCAGAAAUUGAAAAAGUUGAGGUGCUUGCUGCUAAAUUAUAUUUGCAAUAGGAUUGUCUUCCCGAGGAGUUUGAUAUCAAGUUUGUUGUCAUUGCAAGUGUUUAGCAAAUUACCUUGGGAAGAUCAAUGCAUUCUUCCUGACUUAAGGGAGCCUGAGGAAACUGUUUUGUUGCAAGAAUUGGAAUGCUUGGAAUUCCUUCAAGACAUAAGCAUUGCUCUCUUUUGCUUUUCUUCUAUGCAAGUAUUACAGAAAUCUCCCAAAUUACAAAGAUUCAUUAGACAUCUGAGAGUAAUUUCUCAUUUCAAUUCAAUGCCACAUGUUAUAUUAUUCUCAUUAUUGAGAAAAAUGCAACAUCUAGAGGUUUUGUCCAUAUCAAUUUCUUCAUCUCCAAGUUUAGUUUCUGACAUGAAAAAGGAGUCUCCAUCGCAUGAUUCUAUGUCUGAGUGUAUUCCAAUGAGUUCGAAGCUUACUGAGCAUAAUUAUACUGUUAAUCUUCGUGAGUUAUCCCUUGAAGGGUGUGGCAUGUUCAACUUGAAUUGGCUCACUUGUGCUCCAAGCCUUCAGCUCCUUAGAUUAUACAAUUGUCCCUCAUUGGAAGAAGUCAUAGGUGAAGAAUUUGGACAUGCAGUAAAUGUUUUUUCGAGUCUUGAAAUUGUUGAUCUAGAUUCUCUACCAAAGUUAAGGAGCAUAUGCUCACAAGUAUUGCGAUUUCCUUGUCUCAAGGAGAUCUGUGUGGCAGAUUGUCCAAGGCUGCUAAAGCUCCCUUUUGAUUCCAGUAGUGCAAGGAACAGUCUGAAGCACAUCAAUGGACAAAAAAAUUGGUGGCGUAAUUUGAAGUGGGAAGAUGAAGCUACAAGGGAUCUCUUUCGUUCAAAAUAUGUACCUUUCCGUAGUAAAAUUCGCCGAAAAAAUUGA